AUGAUGUCGCUCUUCGAAGCCGUCUUUUUCUUAUGGGUCAGUUGCAAAUGAUGGAAAAUAAAAUCAUUUAAGAGGAAAAAAACUUUAAAUACAGCUUUUUUGAACGUUUGGUCUUCGAGAAUGCAAAAAAUGUACCUUUUUUCAUAACCUCCUUCCUGGGAUAAGUUUUAGGGGGCCCUAUAGGGGGUAAAUUAGGGCCCCUUGGAGGGGGCCUUAUAGGGGCCCCUAAAACUUAUCCCAGUCAAGUCAAUAGUAAUAAUGAACACACAGAAAAUUAUCACAUUUUUCAAAACUCAGAACCUUCCUCUGACCGAAAAUUUUCCAGGGAGACUUCAGAAACUCGUAGAGAAUUUAUUCAUUUCCAAAAUUUUCAGGUUCACGACGUUUUUCAGAUUCAUGAAUCAUAGAAUUUUUUCGAAAAACUGAAAUCGAUAGAUUUUUUCUCUGCUGACAAAAAUGCUCAUAAAAAGCAUUAUCAAUGCUUUUUAUUGAUUUCUUCCCGAAUGGGAUCAACUUCAGAGUUUCUUACUAUUUUCAAUCGUUGGAUGUGGUCAGACAGAACGAAAGCUCCAGAGGAAGCCUUGUCUAGAGCGGAAUGUCAAAAAGGAAACCUUUAUCGACAGACCAAAAUGGGACGAACAGCUUCCCAACAUUAUUGAGGUCUUUCUUUUCUUACAUUCAUAUUAUUUUUCAAUUUUCCAGGAAGACCCGAGUGUCGUGGAAAAAGUCAAACAAAGUAGUACGCGAGAGUCCGACGUCGAACUUUGA